AAGAGAAGUAAAAUGGGGCGGUGCUUGAAGCCGGAAGAGGAAGUGGCUGAAGUCCGCUGUACGUCUGAGUCUCCCUGUUAGUAAGGAGAUCAGACUGAGUGUAGUGAUAGAGUAUGGAGAAAGUAGUAGUGAGUUAUGGAGAUGCCCUCCUAAGGUCUUCAGAUGUUGUCCUCCUUGAUCCACCCCACUGGCUGAAUGACAACAUCAUUGGAUUUACCUUUGAAUUUCUUGCUUCUUCUUUGCCUCCUUUGCAAGCUCGGCAAGUCUCAUUCCUCAGCCCUGAAGUGAGUCAGUUUAUAAAGUGUUGUGGAAAUGAAGCCCCAGAUUUCCUGGAACCAUUAGACCUGCCCAGCAAAGAACUUGUUCUGAUACCUGUCAAUGAUAAUACAGGCCCUGAGGCUGGAGGAACCCACUGGAGCCUUCUUGCUUAUAUUCAACGUCAGUCUGUCUUUCUGCAUUAUGACUCUGCCCCUGGAACCAAUGCACCACAUGCCAGACUCAUGGCCAAGAACCUGGGUUUACUUUUGGGAGGAAACCAAAAUUACAGAGAAGAAGAUGCCCCUGUCCAACACAACAGCUAUGAUUGUGGCAUGUAUGUGGUGUGUGUGGCAGAAGCACUAAGUGAACAGCAUCUGCAUAGCCAUGAUAGUACAAUCCUGCGCAAUAUCACACCCCAGUUUGUUACUCAAAAGAGAGUAAAGUGGAAAGAAAUUAUAAGAGGACUAAGCUGUAAAUCACUCAGUCGAAAUAUGCAUUGAGUACUAGGUCCUUUCCAGAAACACUGAGAAUUGUGGAAAAGAUUGGGGCAAUACUGUUUUUUUAAUUAUGUGCCAUCUAGGAACAGAAGCCUACCAUCUUAGAUGAGAUCCUCCUCUCAGUGAGUUUUGACAGCAGCUUGAGACUCUCAAGUCCACACAUUUCUAAUAAAAAAAAGUUUGUGAAUUUGGUACUACUCUAGUGUCAUCCUGUAAAUGUAACUUUAUGAAUUCAUGUUUACAAAUAAAAUAUGGGGCAUGGGAAUGUUA